CAAUACCUAGGUCCUUUUUCCCUCCACUACUGGAGGAUUUCAGCAACAUUCCAGCUAAUCUCCUUGUCUUGGUAGCUCCUUUUAGCCAUUCUGGACACUCCUGCUCUAUCAAUCUUUUUAAGACUAAUUUGUCCAGUCAAUGUUCUAGUCCAGAACUUGCUACCUCAGCCUAAAUUCUGCAUCCCCCGCCCCCACAUUUAAGGCCCUGCAUACAUUACCCCUUGCCUUCUCUCCUUCUCUUUGCUUAAUGCGGGUUCUUGCUUGGGGCACAGGUCCUCUUUCCUUUAUCUCAGGAUAUAUCAGGCUUUGCUUGUAAUCUUUUCCUUCUCUUGCUGUAUCCACAUUCUACCCAUUCUUCAAGGUUCAGAAAGAAUGCUACUUCCUCCUUGAAGAUUUUCCUGGCAUCUCCAUCACAUUCAUAGCUCCUAAAUAAUUAUUCUCAUGUUUUGUAGUUGUGGCAAAAUAGUGGAAUCCUCUACCCUUUUCUCUUCAUCUGUUAACAGGAGACCUACAGACCAUUACGUGAGACAGGGGAACAUGUGCUUAUAGAUAUCUGAAGUGCAAAUUUGUAAUUUCCAAAAUACUGGCUCUUCAACCAUAUGUAGCAGCUUCUCUGAUUGCUUAAAGGAAUGCGUCUCAAUACAAUCUAAUAAUAUUCAUUUUUGUUUAAAAGAUGAAAAAGUAGGGAGUGUCUGGGGCAUACGUUUAUUUAUCUCGCAAACCAGGAGAUUCAUUUCUUGAUUUAAAAAAAGAAAGCUAUACUCAUAUUUCCAAUUAGUUUCUCCCCAAAUAUCUCCAAGCAUGUCCUUCAAGCAGGCGUAUUUUAUUGUCAAUGCGUUUGAAAGGCAACAUUUGAAGGGAAUAACCACAGACAUACUUAGGGAACACGACCCGCAGUAAAGAGUCAAAAGCACACUCUCAGUGCUCAUUAUUGGGAACGCCAUUGGGCCUGAAUUUGUAGCCUCACUUCUCACAUCCGUACAAUGGAGAUAAUACUUGAUAAUAUUUACUUCCCAGGGUUGUGGUGAAAGGUUUUCUUUUUGGUGAGCUGCGGGGCAGUUUGCCUCCAUGGACCGAAGGGAGACGCUUUUCUCCCGGGAUGCACUUCCUUGCGCGAGGCGGGGUGACCAGAAGGGGAAGCUCGUGGCGGAGUACAGGUCGCCCCGGCUUGAGGCUGGGCAAGGACAAGUCGGCGGCAGCUUGAUGUACAGCACGGGGCCUUCAGCAGGAGCGCGUUAAGACUGUAGACGCCGAGCAGUCCUAGCUGGGCGUGCGUGCAUCUGUGUGCGCCGGGUGCUGGGAGCGCGCUCGCAUCCACAGCGCAGCGUCACGGCGCCGGGGCGGACGGUAGACGAGCGACAGCUGAUAAGGCCGAGGGAAUCCGAGGCCCCGGGGGCCAGAGUGCCCUGGCAGGGGCGGCGACGCGCCCUGUCGGUUGGCGCCUCAGCGCCCCUGGCCGACGGGUGUCCGCAGCGCCCCACGUGGCGGCCAGCCGGGUCGCUGCCGGGAGAGCCGAUUUGCUCCGCCCCCGCCGAGCUCAGCUGCCCUGCUCAGCCUCUCCGCCCAGCUCUGGUCCGACCCUCUCCCUUCCCCCUCUCGGAUCGCGAUGGACGCGGCCUCCCCCCGCCGCCUCUGGCAGCACCGCGCGGGCCUCUGAGCUGCGGGGCCUGUGGAGCCGCGUGGCCUGUGGAGCCGCGUGCCGGCGACUGGCCUUGCGCUCGCUUUUGCCCAUCGGGGGAACCUCUCGCUUUUCUGUCACCAGGUCCCCGCGGAGGAAGGGGAGGGACGAGGCGCGGCUUUUCCUGUGCCGCCUGCCCAGCUCGACCUGCGCGGCCUGCGGCUUCCUGGGAACUCGAGGGCCGCGGCCGGGCCUGGCUCUGCCCGCGGCCUGCUUGGAGCUAGACCGAAGUGGUUUGGAACGACAAGCCCGGGAGUACAUCACGAAAAUUUGGUUCUAGCCGAUGUAAAGGAAAGCAUUUUAAACCCAAGCUGAUCAGUCCUGGACAUUUAAAGGACUUUUCCCCUUUACUUUCUAAACUUAAGCAAAGAGGCUUUUAAAAAACCAUGGCAGAUGUGGAUCCGGAUACAUUACUGGAAUGGCUACAGAUGGGACAGGGAGAUGAAAGGGACAUGCAACUAAUAGCCCUUGAACAGCUAUGCAUGCUGCUUUUGAUGUCUGACAACGUGGAUCGCUGUUUUGAAACAUGUCCUCCUCGCACUUUCUUACCAGCUCUCUGCAAAAUUUUUCUUGACGAAAGUGCCCCAGACAAUGUGUUAGAGGUAACAGCCCGUGCCAUAACGUACUACCUGGAUGUAUCUGCAGAAUGUACCCGAAGGAUUGUUGGGGUAGAUGGAGCUAUAAAAGCACUUUGUAAUCGUUUGGUUGUGGUCGAACUUAACAACAGGACUAGUAGAGACUUGGCUGAACAAUGUGUAAAGGUGUUAGAACUGAUAUGUACUCGGGAGUCAGGAGCAGUCUUCGAGGCUGGUGGUUUGAAUUGUGUGCUUACCUUCAUUCGUGACAGUGGACAUCUGGUUCAUAAAGAUACCUUACACUCUGCCAUGGCUGUGGUUUCAAGACUCUGUGGCAAAAUGGAACCUCAAGAUUCUUCUUUAGAAAUUUGUGUAGAAUCUCUGUCUAGUUUAUUAAAACAUGAAGAUCAUCAGGUUUCGGAUGGAGCUCUGCGAUGUUUUGCGUCAUUAGCUGACCGAUUUACCCGCCGUGGUGUUGACCCAGCUCCAUUAGCCAAGCAUGGAUUAACCGAGGAGCUCUUAUCUCGAAUGGCUGCUGCUGGUGGUGCUGUAUCAGGGCCGGCGUCAGCUUGCAAACCAGGUCGCAGCACCACAGGAGCGCCUUCCACAGCUGCAGAUUCUAAAUUGAGUAACCAGGUGUCAACAAUUGUCAGUCUGCUCUCAACACUUUGUAGAGGCUCUCCGGUAGUCACACAUGAUCUCCUGAGGUCAGAGCUUCCAGAUUCAAUUGAAAGUGCAUUGCAGGGUGAUGAGAGAUGUGUGCUUGAUACCAUGCGUUUGGUUGACCUUCUCUUGGUGCUGUUAUUUGAAGGACGAAAGGCUUUGCCAAAGUCUAGUGCUGGAUCUACAGGGAGAAUCCCAGGACUCCGGAGAUUGGACAGUUCUGGAGAGCGCUCACAUCGGCAGCUUAUAGACUGUAUUCGAAGUAAAGAUACCGAUGCUCUUAUAGAUGCAAUUGACACAGGAGCCUUUGAAGUAAAUUUUAUGGAUGAUGUGGGUCAGACUCUAUUAAACUGGGCCUCUGCUUUUGGAACUCAGGAAAUGGUAGAAUUUCUUUGUGAAAGAGGUGCUGAUGUUAAUAGAGGUCAGAGGUCAUCAUCAUUACAUUAUGCUGCAUGUUUUGGAAGACCUCAAGUAGCAAAGACUCUGUUACGACAUGGUGCAAACCCAGAUCUGAGAGAUGAAGAUGGGAAAACUCCAUUAGAUAAAGCUCGGGAAAGGGGCCAUAGUGAAGUAGUAGUUAUUCUUCAGUCUCCAGGUGAUUGGAUGUGUCCAGUUAAUAAAGGAGAUGAUAAGAAAAAGAAAGAUACAAACAAAGAUGAAGAAGAAUGUAAUGAGCCAAAAGGAGACCCGGAAAUGGCACCCAUAUACUUGAAAAGGUUAUUGCCAGUGUUUGCACAAACAUUUCAGCAAACUAUGCUGCCUUCAAUAAGGAAAGCAAGUCUUGCUCUGAUUCGAAAAAUGAUUCAUUUUUGCUCUGAAGCCCUGUUAAAAGAAGUUUGCGACUCUGAUGUUGGUCACAAUUUGCCUACAGUAUUGGUGGAAAUCACUGCAACUGUCCUUGAUCAAGAGGAUGAUGAUGAUGGCCAUUUGCUGGCUUUGCAGAUCAUAAGGGAUUUAGUAGAUAAAGGUGGUGAUAUUUUUUUGGAUCAACUAGCCAGACUUGGUGUAAUUAGCAAAGUGUCAACCUUGGCAGGUCCUUCCUCAGAUGAUGAGAAUGAAGAGGAAUCAAAACCAGAAAAAGAAGAUGAACCACAGGAAGAUGCUAAAGAACUGCAGCAAGGUAAACCAUAUCACUGGAGAGACUGGUCAAUCAUCAGGGGCAGGGACUGCUUAUAUAUAUGGAGUGAUGCAGCAGCCUUGGAAUUAUCUAAUGGCAGUAAUGGAUGGUUCAGAUUUAUCUUGGAUGGAAAACUUGCCACCAUGUAUUCAAGUGGUAGUCCUGAAGGUGGAUCGGAUAGUUCAGAGAGCAGAAGUGAAUUCUUAGAGAAGUUACAAAGAGCUCGAGGCCAAGUAAAGCCAUCUACUUCAAGUCAACCUAUACUCUCAGCACCAGGACCCACUAAACUCACUGUAGGGAAUUGGUCACUAACAUGUUUGAAAGAAGGAGAAAUUGCUAUUCAUAACUCAGAUGGUCAGCAAGCAACAAUAUUGAAAGAAGAUUUACCUGGUUUUGUAUUUGAAUCUAAUAGAGGAACCAAACAUUCAUUUACUGCAGAAACUUCUCUGGGUUCAGAAUUUGUGACUGGCUGGACUGGCAAAAGAGGCAGAAAACUGAAAUCUAAGUUAGAAAAAACAAAGCAAAAGGUACGAACUAUGGCUCGAGAUUUAUAUGAUGACCACUUUAAAGCUGUUGAAAGCAUGCCUCGUGGAGUAGUGGUAACACUCAGAAACAUAGCAACUCAGUUAGAGUCAUCUUGGGAACUUCAUACAAAUAGACAAUGUAUUGAGAGUGAGAACACGUGGAGAGAUUUAAUGAAGACAGCUUUAGAAAAUCUAAUUGUACUUUUGAAGGAUGAAAACACAAUUUCACCAUAUGAAAUGUGUAGUAGUGGCUUGGUCCAAGCACUUCUUACUGUUUUAAACAAUAGCAUGGAUUUAGAUAUGAAACAAGAUUGUAGUCAACUGGUAGAAAGAAUAAAUGUUUUUAAAACAGCCUUUAGUGAAAAUGAAGAUGAUGAAAGUCGACCAGCAGUUGCAUUAAUUCGGAAGUUAAUAGCUGUACUGGAAUCUAUUGAACGUCUACCUCUCCAUUUGUAUGAUACACCAGGAUCCACAUACAACCUCCAGAUACUUACAAGAAGAUUAAGAUUUCGGUUGGAACGUGCACCUGGGGAAACUGCAUUGAUAGACAGGACUGGCAGGAUGUUGAAGAUGGAACCCUUAGCUACAGUUGAAUCUUUGGAACAGUAUCUCUUAAAAAUGGUAGCAAAGCAGUGGUAUGAUUUUGACCGAUCUUCAUUUGUUUUUGUUCGGAAAUUAAGAGAAGGCCAAAAUUUUAUAUUUCGGCACCAGCAUGAUUUUGAUGAAAAUGGAAUCAUUUACUGGAUUGGGACAAAUGCCAAAACUGCAUAUGAAUGGGUAAAUCCAGCUGCUUAUGGACUUGUAGUAGUAACAUCAUCAGAAGGAAGAAAUCUACCUUAUGGCCGCUUAGAAGACAUAUUAAGUCGUGAUAAUUCAGCUUUAAAUUGUCAUAGCAAUGAUGAUAAGAAUGCCUGGUUUGCCAUAGAUCUUGGUCUUUGGGUGAUACCAUCAGCAUAUACACUUCGUCAUGCUCGUGGUUAUGGAAGGUCUGCACUAAGAAAUUGGGUUUUCCAGGUAUCCAAAGAUGGACAGAACUGGACUUCUUUGUAUACCCAUGUUGAUGACUGCAGUCUCAAUGAACCAGGAUCAACAGCAACCUGGCCUCUUGAUCCACCAAAGGAUGAGAAACAAGGGUGGCGACAUGUGAGAAUUAAACAGAUGGGAAAGAAUGCCAGUGGACAAACUCACUACCUCUCACUGUCUGGAUUUGAACUUUAUGGGACUGUAAAUGGAGUAUGUGAAGAUCAGCUAGGAAAAGCAGCUAAGGAAGCAGAAGCUAAUCUUAGAAGACAGAGACGUCUAGUACGCUCCCAGGUUCUGAAAUACAUGGUUCCAGGGGCUCGUGUCAUCAGAGGCCUUGAUUGGAAAUGGCGAGAUCAGGAUGGCAGCCCACAGGGAGAGGGCACAGUCACAGGAGAACUGCAUAAUGGCUGGAUUGAUGUCACCUGGGAUGCUGGUGGCUCAAACUCUUACCGUAUGGGCGCAGAAGGAAAAUUUGACCUCAAGCUUGCACCAGGGUACGACCCUGACACAGUGGCAUCACCCAAACCUGUUUCAUCCACUGUUUCAGGCACAACGCAGUCAUGGAGCAGCUUGGUGAAAAACAACUGUCCAGACAAGACAUCUGCUGCUGCAGGCUCCUCAAGUAGAAAAGGAAGCAGCAGUUCUGUGUGUAGCGUGGCCAGUAGCAGCGACAUCAGCUUGGGUUCGACCAAAACGGAACGGAGAUCAGAAAUUGUAAUGGAACACAGUAUAGUUUCAGGAGCUGAUGUCCAUGAACCAAUUGUUGUUCUUUCAUCUGCUGAAAACGUCCCGCAAGCAGAAGUAGGGUCGUCUUCCAGUGCAAGCACCAGUACCUUAACAGCGGAAACGGGAAGUGAAAAUGCUGAAAGAAAGUUAGGCCCUGACAGCUCUGUUCGCACUCCUGGGGAGUCUAGUGCAAUAUCCAUGGGAAUUGUUAGUGUUAGUUCUCCUGACGUUAGUUCAGUGUCUGAGUUAACUAAUAAAGAAGCAGCUUCGCAACGACCCCUUAGUUCCUCAGCAAGUAACAGACUGUCAGUGAGCUCAUUGUUGGCUGCUGGGGCACCUAUGAGCUCUAGUGCAAGUGUACCUAACCUGUCCUCAAGAGAAACGUCUAGCUUGGAGAGUUUUGUAAGGAGAGUGGCAAACAUAGCACGGACUAAUGCCACGAACAACAUGAAUCUAAGCCGAAGCAGCAGUGAUAACAACACUAAUACUUUGGGGAGGAAUGUGAUGAGCACAGCAACUUCUCCUCUUAUGGGUGCUCAGAGUUUCCCUAAUUUGACCACGCCUGGUACUACAUCAACAGUGACUAUGUCAACAUCCAGUGUUACUAGCAGCAGCAACGUAGCUACAGCAACAACAGUGUUAUCAGUUGGGCAGUCAUUAAGUAAUACUUUAACCACCAGCCUCACAUCAACGUCCAGUGAGAGUGACACAGGUCAGGAAGCAGAAUAUUCCUUAUAUGCAACUUAUUUAAAAAUAAUUAGAGGUUCACAGAAAGAUGCAAAGAUGAUAAAAAGCUCUUAUGUGCCCUUUGCCCAAUUACUUCCAAUGGUUACAUCUUACACAAUUAGAGAAGAAGAAGAGUAUGAAACUAAAGGAGGACGCCGGAGAACAUGGGAUGAUGAUUAUGUGCUAAAGCGGCAAUUUUCUGCUUUAGUUCCUGCUUUUGAUCCUAGGCCUGGUCGUACUAAUGUCCAGCAGACAACUGAUCUAGAAAUUCCACCUCCAGGAACACCUCAUUCAGAACUUUUGGAAGAAGUUGAAUGUACACCGUCACCUCGAUUAGCCCUCACUUUGAAAGUAACGGGUCUUGGAACAACUCGUGAAGUUGAAUUACCACUCAAUAAUUUUAGAUCAACUAUCUUUUACUAUGUACAAAAAUUGCUUCAAUUGUCCUGUAAUGGCAAUGUGAAAUCAGAUAAACUUAGGCGUAUUUGGGAGCCAACAUACACAAUCAUGUACAGAGAAAUGAAGGAUUCUGACAAAGAAAAGGAAAAUGGAAAAAUGGGUUGUUGGUCUAUAGAGCAUGUGGAACAGUACCUUGGCACUGAUGAAUUACCAAAGAAUGACUUGAUAACGUACCUGCAGAAGAAUGCAGACGCCGCUUUCCUGCGCCACUGGAAAUUAACUGGCACUAAUAAAAGUAUUAGGAAAAACAGAAAUUGUUCUCAACUCAUAGCUGCAUAUAAGGAUUUUUGUGAGCAUGGUACAAAAUCUGGCUUAAACCAGGGAGCCAUUUCUACUCUUCAAAGUAGUGAUAUUCUUAAUUUAACAAAAGAACAACCUCAGGCCAAAGCAGGCAAUGGACAGAAUUCUUGUGGAGUAGAAGACGUCCUUCAGCUUCUGCGUAUUCUAUAUAUAGUUGCAAGUGACCCUUACUCAAGAAUAUCCCAGGAAGAAGGUGAUGAGCAGCCUCAGUUUACUUUCCCGCCAGAUGAAUUCACUAGCAAAAAAAUCACAACAAAAAUUUUGCAGCAGAUUGAGGAACCAUUGGCAUUGGCAAGUGGGGCUCUGCCAGACUGGUGUGAACAAUUAACCAGCAAGUGUCCUUUUCUAAUACCGUUUGAAACUAGACAGCUUUAUUUCACAUGUACUGCAUUUGGUGCGUCAAGAGCAAUAGUGUGGUUACAAAACCGACGUGAAGCCACUGUGGAGAGAACAAGGACCACAAGUAGCGUACGGCGAGAUGACCCUGGAGAGUUUCGAGUUGGUCGUCUCAAGCAUGAAAGAGUAAAAGUUCCACGUGGUGAAUCACUGAUGGAAUGGGCUGAGAAUGUCAUGCAGAUACAUGCAGAUCGGAAAUCAGUUCUUGAGGUUGAAUUUUUAGGAGAAGAAGGAACUGGCUUGGGACCCACGUUAGAGUUUUAUGCUCUGGUGGCAGCAGAAUUCCAGAGAACUGACUUGGGAGCUUGGCUUUGUGAUGAUAACUUUCCAGAUGAUGAGUCUCGUCAUGUUGAUCUUGGAGGUGGAUUGAAACCUCCUGGAUACUAUGUGCAGAGAUCAUGUGGACUAUUCACGGCACCCUUUCCACAAGAUAGUGAUGAGCUUGAAAGGAUCACAAAACUCUUUCAUUUCCUUGGAAUUUUCUUGGCCAAAUGCAUUCAAGACAAUAGACUUGUGGACCUACCUAUUUCUAAACCUUUCUUUAAACUUAUGUGUAUGGGUGACAUUAAAAGCAAUAUGAGCAAACUGAUUUAUGAGUCACGAGGCGAUAGAGAUUUACACUGUACUGAAAGUCAGUCUGAAGCUUCUACAGAAGAAGGUCAUGAUUCACUCUCAGUAGGAAGCUUUGAAGAGGAUUCAAAAUCAGAGUUUAUUCUAGAUCCCCCCAAACCAAAACCCCCAGCUUGGUUUAAUGGAAUUUUAACUUGGGAAGACUUUGAACUAGUAAACCCACACAGAGCCAGAUUUUUAAAAGAAAUUAAAGACCUUGCCAUCAAGAGGCGCCAGAUUUUAAGCAACAAAGGUCUUUCUGAAGAUGAGAAGAACACCAAAUUACAGGAACUAGUGCUGAAGAAUCCAUCAGGUUCCGGGCCUCCACUAAGCAUAGAGGAUUUAGGUUUAAAUUUCCAGUUUUGCCCAUCCUCAAGAAUAUAUGGUUUUACAGCUGUGGAUCUCAAGCCAAGUGGUGAAGAUGAGAUGAUAACAAUGGAUAAUGCAGAAGAAUAUGUGGAUUUGAUGUUUGACUUUUGUAUGCAUACGGGUAUUCAGAAACAGAUGGAAGCAUUUAGAGAUGGGUUUAAUAAAGUUUUUCCAAUGGAGAAAUUAAGUUCCUUCAGCUAUGAAGAAGUCCAAAUGAUUCUUUGUGGAAACCAGUCGCCAUCCUGGGCAGCAGAGGAUAUUAUCAAUUAUACUGAACCUAAGUUGGGUUAUACACGUGACAGCCCCGGUUUCCUGAGGUUUGUGAGGGUUUUAUGUGGCAUGUCUUCAGAUGAAAGGAAAGCAUUCCUGCAGUUUACCACUGGUUGUUCAACUCUACCCCCAGGUGGACUGGCCAACCUGCAUCCCAGGCUCACUGUUGUACGCAAGGUUGAUGCUACUGAUGCAAGCUAUCCAUCAGUGAAUACAUGCGUGCAUUAUCUAAAGUUGCCAGAAUAUUCUUCAGAGGAAAUCAUGAGAGAGCGCCUGCUAGCUGCUACAAUGGAGAAAGGCUUUCAUCUCAAUUGAGCUUUGAAGUGCAAUGGAAGACAUCAGAGACUUAAAAAUACCAGUGAAGCCUCUUGUGUUUGUGUGCAGAAAAGUAUAUGAUCCUCCAUGCUAAUGACACUUGCCUUUUUUUCCACCAUUAAGGCUUUAAGAAAAUACAGAAUAAAUUUGUUAGCUGCUAAUGACAAAACAAACCCUUUAACUACCCAGCCAGCAAAUAUAUAGCACAGAACACUGUAUGUUGCUACAAGGGCUUAUGUGACUGGAAUAAGGUGUUCCUACCUGACUGUUCCAAAGAGCAGCUUCCCAGAUCUUCAGUGUUCACUGGUAUAUUUCUAACAGUGUAUUUGUGUAAAGUUUAUUGUUUCAUACUUCAUACACUACAGUUGCCAUCACUGAUCCCUGUUUUGCUGGCUUUUAAGCUUCUUGGUCAAAAAUCCUGCUUCCUUAAAACUUAGAGAGUUAAUGAGCAUCUCAAGCUUUUUUUUUCCCCUUUUCAAUGAUGCCUGCACUAUCAGAGUAUGCUAGUGUUCUCUCUUUGUUUGGCAUAUAAUCAUGUACAACCUUUUAUUUCUUUGAGGUGGGAGUAUAUUUUUAUUUCCUAAAUGCCAUACUAUAAAGAUCAAAUUCUUAAGUGUGUUUGUGCAGCUCAAAAAAGAAAAGAUAUAUUAAGGGGAAAGAAAAAAAAAAAACACUGGUCUAGAUGCAAGGCACACUUAAAGCAAGUUUUACUUUUGGUUGUAUUUUCUUUGUAUAUUAUAAACAUUUAUUUAACUUGUUGCAGUUUGAAGUAAAAAAUUUCCAAAGUGUAUGCUCAACAAUAAUCAUUAAAAUGUUCGCAGCGUACAAAACUGUGUCAUGUGACUGUUUGACUGCAACCACCAGACGUAAGAGCUUAACCAGAUACUUUUCAUUUUGAAUCAUUGAGAUUUACUCGUUUUUUGAAAUUACUACAUGAAGAAAUGUAUUUUUCUAUAGUCAGUACACUUACUGAAACUGGAAAGCUAGAAGAAAUAUGUGUUCACAUGCUUAAUCGUGAUCCAACUGUUGUGUUUUGUCUUAAAGCAUUCUUCAGCUAAAAAUGGCCAAGUUAUUUAUAUUAACUUUUUAAACACCAGGUCCGCUACUUACCAUUGUAUCUGCAGGGAUAUGUAAAUCUACAAUCUAAGAAUGAUUUAAAAAAAAAAAAAGUUUGUAUAGAGGACAAUUUAUUAGAGUAGAAAAUGACAGCUCUCAAAACGAGAGGGGGUCCCGACUGGGUUGCUCCUAAGAAUGAUUUUUGAAUGUGUUAUCAUGAAAAGAAACCACCAGGAUACUGCUGUUUUCUGGUUUUGAAUGAAGAAGCUCUAUUUCCAUUUUCCAAACUCCUCUGAUUUUCAUAUCUGUGCAUUUAGGUGAAAGAAGUGUUGCUAGGCUUGAUUUAGCCAAUUGGCUCUUCUAGGAGUGAAAACCAUUUCUUUGGAAUUGCCCAUUAUUUACCUGUUUAAAAGGUACAUUCCCUUUCUACAUUAGAAGAGAUCUCCCACUACAAUCAUUUGAGUACUGUUUUUAUUCUCUGCAUGAGAAUGUUGUGACUAUGUAAUCAGAGGCAGCAUUUAAAUAACCUAUUGUUAUCUUCACAGUUCUCUGUGAGAAUAAAACUUAAAAUAAAACAUAAUAAUAUUUAAA